ACCACAGGACAGGCGGCCUACUGGGGAGCAUUAUCCUCUUGAGAAAAUGGCUGAGAAGGAAGCGGUGCAGCUGAAGGAGGAAGGGAAUCGGCAUUUCCAGCUCCAGGACUACAAAGCAGCGACAAAGAGCUACAGCCAGGCUCUGAAGCUGACCAAGGACAAGGCCCUGCUGGCUACGCUUUUCCGGAACCGGGCAGCCUGCGGCCUGAAAACGGAGAGCUAUGUUCAAGCAGCUUCAGAUGCUUCAAGAGCCAUCGACAUCAACUCCUCUGACAUCAAGGCUCUGUAUCGGCGAUGCCAGGCACUGGAGCAGCUGGGGAAGUUGGAUCAGGCCUUUAAAGAUGUGCAGCGAUGUGCCACCCUGGAGCCACGGAACCAGAACUUCCAGGAGACCUUGAGGAGGCUCAACACCAGCAUCCAGGAGAAGCUCCGUGUGCAGUUCUCUACAGACUCCAGGGUACAGACAAUGUUUGAGAUCCUCAUGGAUGAAAACAGUGAAGCUGAUAAGCGGGAGAAGGCAGCCAACAACCUCAUUGUCCUAGGCCGUGAGGAAUCGGGGGUUGAGAGGAUCUUCCAGAACAAUGGAGUGGCCCUGCUGCUGCAGCUGAUGGACACUAAGAGGCCUGAGCUAGUACUGGCUGCAGUGCGGACCCUGUCAGGCAUGUGCAGUGGACACCGAGCAAGGGCCACAGCGAUUCUCCAUGCAGUCCGGAUAGACCGAAUCUGUAGCCUGAUGGCUGUGGAAAAUGAGGAGAUAUCCCUGGCCGUCUGCAACCUGCUCCAGGCCAUCAUUGACUCUCUGUCUGGGGAGGACAAGCGGGAGCAUCGAGGCCAGGAGGAGGCCCUGGUUCUAGACACCAAGAGGGACCUGAAGCAGAUCACCAGCCACCUGCUGGACAUGCUGGUCAGUAAGAAGGUGUCUGGCCAGGGCAGAGAUCAGGCUCUGAAUCUGCUCAAUAAGAACGUCCCCAGGAAGGACCUCGCCAUUCACGACAACUCACGCACCAUCUAUGUGGUGGAUAACGGCCUGAGGAAGAUCUUGAAGGUGGUGGGGCAGGUUCCGGACCUGCCAUCCUGCCUGCCCCUGACCGACAACACCCGCAUGCUGGCCUCCAUCCUCAUCAACAAGCUGUACGAUGACUUGCGCUGUGACCCGGAGCGCGAUCACUUCCGCAAAAUCUGCGAGGAGUACAUCAUAGGCAAGUUUGACCCCCAGGACAUGGACAAGAAUGUGAUUGCCAUACAGACGGUGUCAGGGAUCCUGCAGGGCCCCUUUGACUUGGGCAACCAGCUGCUGGGGCUGAAGGGUGUGAUGGAGAUGAUGGUAGCGCUCUGUGGCUCCGACCGGGAGGCAGACCAGCUGGUGGCCGUGGAAGCCCUCAUCCACGCCUCCACCAAGCUCAGCCGUGCCACCUUCAUCAUCACCAAUGGCGUGUCACUGCUCAAAGAGAUUUACAAGACCACCAAAAAUGAGAAGAUCAAGAUCCGCACACUGGUGGGACUCUGUAAGCUGGGCUCUGCGGGUGGCACAGACUACGGCCUCAGGCAGUUUGCUGAAGGGUCAACAGAGAAGCUGGCCAAACAGUGUCGCAAGUGGCUGUGCAACGCGUCUAUUGACACCCGUACCCGGCGAUGGGCAGUGGAGGGCUUAGCCUACCUCACGCUGGAUGCUGACGUGAAGGACGACUUUGUUCAGGACAUCCCUGCCCUGCAGGCCAUGUUUGAGCUGGCUAAGACCGCUGACAAGACCAUCCUGUACUCAGUGGCCACUACCCUGGUGAACUGCACCAACAGUUAUGAUGUCAAGGAGGUCAUCCCCGAGCUGGUGCAGCUUGCCAAGUUCUCCAAGCAGCACGUGCCCGAGGAGCACCCCAAGGACAAGAAGGACUUUAUAGACAUGCGGGUGAAGCGACUCCUGAAGACCGGCGUCAUCUCUGUGCUGGCCUGCAUGGUGAAGGCGGACAGUGCCAUCCUCACCAACCAGACCAAAGAGCUGCUGGCCAGGGUAUUCCUGGCACUGUGUGACAACCCGAGAGACCGAGGCACCAUUGUGGCUCAAGGUGGUGGCAAGGCCCUGAUUCCCCUGGCUUUGGAGGGCACAGACGUGGGCAAGGUGAAGGCAGCCCAUGCCCUCGCGAAGAUCGCCGCUGUCUCCAAUCCUGACAUCGCCUUCCCUGGGGAACGGGUGUAUGAGGUGGUGCGGCCCCUCGUGAAACUCCUGGACACACAGAGGGAUGGGCUGCAAAACUACGAGGCUCUCCUAGGCCUCACCAACUUGUCUGCACGGAGUGACAAACUCCGGCGGAAGAUCUUUAAGGAGAAGGCCUUGCCAGACAUUGAGAACUACAUGUUUGAGAACCAUGACCAGCUACGACAGGCGGCCACUGAGUGCAUGUGCAACAUGGUGGUGAACAAGGAGGUACAGGAGAGGUUUCUGGCUGAUGGGAAUGACCGACUGAAGUUGGUGGUGCUGCUCUGUGGGGAGGAUGAUGACAAGGUGCAGAAUGCAGCGGCCGGGGCCCUGGCUAUCCUGACAGAAGCACACAAGAAACUGUGCAUCAAGAUGACCCAAGUGACAACUCAGUGGCUAGAGAUCCUACAGAGGCUUUGCUUGCAUGACCAGCUGUCAGUCCAACACCGAGGCCUAGUCAUUGCCUACAACCUGCUGGUGGCUGAUGCUGAGCUGGCCAAGAAGCUGGUGGAGAGUGAGCUGCUGGAGAUCCUGACUGUGGUGGGCAAACAGGAGCCGGAUGAGAAGAGAGCAGCAGUGGUUCAGACAGCCCGGGAAUGUCUCAUCAAGUGCAUGGAUUAUGGCUUCAUUAAACCUGUGUCUUAGGGGCCCACAGGAUGCUGGGGCUGAUCCUGUGCUGUGCAGAGUCCUGAGCUGCAGGCUCCGGGGGUGUCAGUUCAGUUAAGGAUCAUAGCAGUGAUCAUGAUGUCUCACGUGAAAGACUUGAUUGCUCCCUGAGCUGCAAAUCCCUUUGCCCUAGGAAAGUUUGCAUGUGUCAUUGACCCUCUUAUUCCCUGUCUCCCUAUAUCUAUCCUAUUCCAGAAAUCACUAGAAUAAUUUUCAUCUGUGAUUUUGAAGUAAGGUUGGAUAAUUUUUUCUGUACUCAUUCCAAAGGCCAGGAUGAUGGGCUGAAGUUCUGUAUUUUGGAAAAUGAAUUGAGUGGUAAGGUAGAACCUAACAGGUGUGUGAAUAUAAAGGUUGUUGAUGUUGUACCUGGAUGUGCUGGUUUUUAUACCCUCUUUCCCACACUGUUUGAACAAGGCUGCCCAGAACUGCAUGUGUCAGCUAUCCCAACCCCAUGCCUAGUAACAUAUCUGUGAUGGAAAUACAAUUUAUGUUCAAUGGGUGAUAUGAUUUUUGCAAUCUGAAUGGAAAAAGUCUUCAAAGCAAGACGGACAUAAUGUAUAUCAGAUCAACUCAAAGUAAUUUAAACCCCCCAGAAUUCAUUAGUUUACAUCUUGGCUCUCAGGGGAAGGUCUGACAUUGCUGGAGCCAGGGUUCAAAUGUCACCAAUAUUAUUUUCCUGUGGGUGUCCUUAUUGCUCUCAUGCCCCUUCCCCAUAUACUGGUUUUGAUUUCCUCUGCAUUGGCCAUAUUUUCUGGCAGGCUCUCUCUAUUUGGUGGGAAAAAUAGUGAUUAGAAGCUUCAUUCUUACAUAGGUGUUAUAACUCAUAAUUAUGGCAGAGAAGAGAGAACCAUUUCCAGUAACCCAGCAAAAUUCCC